AUGCAGUGUCUACUUGGAUUGCUACUUCUGAUUCCAGCUUCUAUUCAAUUCGCACUUCCAUUUAGGGUACAAUAUGCUACAACAAAUAUAACAAAAGGCGGGCAAACCCUUGAACAAGUAGGAAGAGGGUACUUCGUCGCAAAUUUGACUCUUGGAACUCCCGGCCAACUUUUCACUGUUAUCAUCGACACUAAAUCAUCGGAUCUUCUGAUCCCAGAUAUCUCGUGCGCUCAACCAGAAUGCAGCAAGAAGCAUAAAUUUGAUGCUUCAAAAUCAUCGACAUACAAAAAGUUUGGAAAGGAAUACGUCGUACCGACGGUAUUCGGAAACUUCCAAGGAGGCUCGGGCUUCGAUACAGCAGUUAUUGGAGACCGGAAAACUGAUUUGAUCACAGUGCCGGAUGUGAAAUUCUUGCAGUCCAAAUCAAUUGGACCCGUCCUUGCACCACUCAAAGCUGACGGAAUCAUGGGAAUGGCAUUCCCAUCGCUCUCGAAAAUCUCGUGGAUGAGCCCAUUCUAUCAAGGAUGGAAAAAUGGCGACAUUCAAGAAUCAUUCUUUUCCAUUUGGCUUGAGCAUAGUGGCCAGACUGAUGAUCUUGGAACCCACGGAGUUAUCUAUUAUGGAGGACUCGAUCCGGUGCAUUGUCUGCCUGAUGCUCAAUAUGUGCCACUUAUUGGAACAUCAUACUUCUAUCUGAACGUCAACAAUGUUAAAAUUCAAGGAAGCUACACUAAGGAUAUUUCGAGAAACUACCCAGCAAUUGUCGACUCCACGGCAACAAAUCUCGAGCUCCCAAGAAAUUACAUUGCUGAUAUCUUGGAGUCGAUUGGAGAAAAUAUUGACUAUGUUGACUCGUUUCCAGUUCCAGUGGCCUGCAACACAAAACUCACGUUGACAUUUACAUUCCCUGGAUAUAUUAAUUUCGAUAUUACCGAGAGAGACUUGGUUGUUGAUAAUGGGGAUGGUACAUGUUCACUUCAAGUUGCUCCAAAUGAUGUUGUUAUCCAUUUGGGUAUUCCAUUCUUCCGCGGACGUUGUGUUUACUUUGAUGUCGGAAGGGAAAGAAUUGGUGUGGCGACAGCGAAACUUCAGGAUUAG